CGCUAAUUGGUCUCGUCAGGCGGCCGGCAGGAGCAGAUCCGAGCCGUGUCAUCCUCUUAGCGCCCUCACGCCACCCGCCGCUCCCGCCCCGUGCCCCCUCCCGCCGCGGCUGCAGUCGCCGCUACCCCCAUUGUGGUCUCUGCCCUCCCCGCGGGCCCAGGGCAUGCUCCGUGCCCCUGCGCCCGGUCUCGGCGGCAGCAGGCGACACUCCGCGCCGGCAGAGACAUGAGGCGCUGCCGGUGGGCCGCCCUGGCCCUGGGGCUGCUGCGCCUCUGCUUGGCUCAGGCCAACUUCGCCCCGCACUUCUUCGACAACGGGGUCGGCAGCACCAACGGAAACAUGGCUCUGUUCAGCCUCCCAGAGGACACCCCUGUAGGCUCUCACGUAUACACCCUGAAUGGGACAGACCCUGAGGGAGAUCCCAUCUCCUACCACAUCAGCUUUGACCCCAGCGCUAGAAGCGUCUUUUCUGUUGACCCCACUUUUGGAAACAUCACCCUGGUUGAAGAGCUGGACAGAGAGAGGGAAGAUGAGAUUGAAGCCAUCAUCAGCAUUUCUGAUGGCCUGAAUCUGGUGGCCGAAAAAGUCGUGAUCCUGGUGACCGAUGCCAAUGAUGAGGCGCCCAGGUUCAUCCAGGAGCCUUAUGUUGCCCUGGUUCCCGAGGACAUACCUGCUGGGAGCAUCAUCUUUAAGGUCCAUGCGGUGGACAGGGACACGGGCUCUGGAGGGAGUGUCACCUACUUCCUGCAGAACCUGCACUCCCCAUUUGCCGUGGACCGCCACAGCGGUGUGCUGCGCCUCCAGGCUGGGGCCACUCUGGACUACGAGAGGUCCCGGACCCACUACAUCACCGUGGUCGCCAAGGAUGGCGGUGGGAGGCUUCAUGGGGCUGAUGUGGUGUUCUCAGCCACCACCACGGUCACGGUCAAUGUGGAGGAUGUUCAGGACAUGGCCCCUGUCUUCGUGGGCACACCCUACUAUGGCUAUGUGUACGAGGACACCCUUCCGGGCUCGGAGGUACUGAAGGUGGUUGCCAUGGAUGGAGACCGGGGCAAACCCAAUCGAAUUCUCUACAGCCUUGUAAAUGGGAGCGAUGGAGCCUUUGAAAUUAAUGAGACAUCUGGAGCCAUCUCCAUCACUCAGAGCCCGGCCCAGCUCCAGAGAGAGGUGUAUGAGCUGCAUGUACAGGUGACCGAAAUGAGCCCUACGGGGAGCCCAGCUGCCCAGGCCACCGUCCCAGUCACCAUCAGGAUUGUGGACCUCAACAACCACCCGCCAACAUUCUAUGGAGAGAGCGGACCCCAAAACAGGUUUGAGCUGUCCAUGAAUGAGCACCCACCCCAGGGAGAGAUCCUGCGGGGCCUCAAGAUCACCGUCAAUGACUCCGACCAGGGAGCCAAUGCCAAAUUCAACUUGCAGCUGGUGGGACCCAGGGGCAUCUUCCGAGUGGUUCCACAGACAGUCCUGAAUGAAGCCCAAGUCACGAUCAUUGUGGAGAACUCAGCUGCCAUUGACUUUGAAAAGUCCAAAGUAUUAACCUUCAAGCUCCUGGCUGUUGAAGUGAACACCCCAGAGAAGUUCAGUUCCACAGCGGAUGUUGUGAUCCAGCUCCUGGACACCAAUGACAAUGUCCCCAAGUUCGACUCCCUCUACUACGUUGCCAGGAUUCCUGAGAACGCCCCAGGGGGCUCCAGCGUGGUGGCUGUCACAGCUGUGGAUCCAGAUACAGGACCCUGGGGUGAAGUGAAAUAUUCCAUCUAUGGGACUGGGGCAGACCUCUUCCUGAUCCACCCAUCCACUGGGCUUAUCUACACCCAGCCCUGGGCUAGCCUGGACGCUGAGGCCACUGCCAGGUACAACUUCUAUGUGAAGGCAGAGGACAUGGAGGGCAAGUACAGCGUAGCUGAGGUGUUUAUCACACUGCUGGAUGUCAAUGACCACCCCCCUCAGUUUGGAAAGAGCGUUCAGAAGAAGACGAUGGUGCUAGGGACCCCAGUGAAAAUUGAGGCCAUAGACGAGGAUGCAGAGGAACCCAACAACCUGGUGGACUAUUCCAUCACCCAUGCAGAGCCCGCCAACGUGUUCGACAUCAAUUCCCACACGGGGGAGAUCUGGCUCAAGAAUUCCAUCCGCUCCCUGGAUGCCCUACACAACAUCACACCUGGAAGGGACUGCCUAUGGUCCCUAGAGGUGCAGGCCAAGGACCGGGGCUCCCCAUCCUUCAGCACCACAGCCUUACUCAAGAUUGACAUCACAGAUGCUGAGACCCUCUCCCGGAGCCCCAUGGCUGCCUUCCUGAUACAGACCAAGGACAACCCCAUGAAGGCCGUGGGUGUGCUGGCCGGCACCAUGGCCACCGUCGUGGCCAUCACUGUCCUAAUCUCCACCGCCACCUUCUGGCGCAACAAGAAGUCUAACAAGGUCCUGCCAGUGCGGCGGGUGCUCCGCAAGCGGCCCAGCCCUGCGCCCCGCACCAUCCGCAUUGAGUGGCUCAAGUCCAAGAGCACCAAAGCCGCUACCAAGUUCAUGCUCAAAGAGAAACCUCCCAAUGAGAACUGUAACAACAACAGCCCAGAAAGCUCUCUGCUCCCGAGAGCUCCGGCUCUCCCUCCACCACCCAGCGUGGCGCCCAGCACUGGCGCAGCCCAGUGGACCGUGCCUACAGUCUCUGGCUCUCUCACUCCGCAGCCGACCCAACCCCCACCAAAACCCAAAACUAUGGGAAGCCCCGUCCAGUCAACUCUGAUCUCUGAGCUCAAGCAAAAGUUUGAGAAGAAGAGUGUGCACAACAAGGCUUACUUCUAGUGUGUGCCCUAUGACCCCCCAUCUUUCCUCCGCCCCUGACCCCCACCACCCUGCUGCUCGGACUAUGCUCCCCUUCCUCUGCUCCUUAAGGUCACUGACCCCUGUUUUGCACAAUGGUAUAAUCCCCACUGUCCUCAUCUCUACCGCCACCUUCUGGCGCAACAAGAAGUUGCGCUCUGACAGGGCUCUAGUCAGGGCCUUGGGCAAGACAUUGGGCUAUAGGAUGCAAUUGGCAAAUACGUCCCCGUUACUCAAAUCCUUGGCACUACUACAAUGCCCUCCAUUCUUCAGGGCUGAGAAUUGACGAGAAGCCAGCUCUAUGUGUCUUCUACUCACCCAUCCCAGACCUCACAGUCCCUCAGGUUCUACUGGGAUCUCAUCAUCAUCCUUAGUCAAGCAGCAGGGCCCUGGCCACGUGGAGCAACACUGACUAGAAUCUGGAUCCUGACGCCUGCAGCUGAGAGCAGGAGCAGGAAAAGGAGGCUCAGCACUGUCUCAGGCUGGAGGUCAGCGAACCUCGUGGGCUGUAGGAAAGCAAAUGUAGGUAAGGGGAGAGCAAGGAUGCACAGAAAACACACUGACUGUGGGACUGUGCCAGGAUGCAUUUGGAAAGAUAGAGCAUUCUGUCUGGGCAGAGACUGUGGACCCUGGUAUGCCCACGUGGGACAAGGGACACAGAGGUGGAAGAUGAGCCUUGCCAAGAGUGAGGGCAGAUGUCUCCAGCCAGGACUGCCCUGAGCCCCAAAAUGUCAAAGCUGGAGCUAUAGAGGUAGCCCUAAAGGCAACUAGAAGAGCAUCAGGGCUGCUCUCUGAGGAGCUGCCCCACCAGCCAUCCUUGAAGAGACAAUUCAGGGCAGUUGAUGAAUAUCAGGGCUGAGAUGUGGGGAGACUUCCGUUUUUAUCCAGCUCUUCUGCUCACAUCGCCUAACCUUGGGAAAGCUGUUUAAAGUCGCUGAUCAUCCUCUUCCUCAUUUGUAAAUGAAGAAAGUAGGCCCUGUCUACCUCACAUGCAGGUCUAGGGUGAGGAUUGAAGAAAAUAGUGGUGAUGAGGGCUUUAACCAAGUGCAAGGUGGCAUGAAUGCAAAGUAUUUUUCUGCAGCCCAGUUCUGUGGGUGCAGCUCUUCCAGAAAGUAUUAGGAGCCUCACAGCUACUCUGCCAAGCGCCCCAGCAGGCACUGUGCUGGGCUUAGGGGCUACCACUGGAUGAUGGCAUUGCCGUGACUCACACACCUCUCCUUCUGUUCUUCCCUCACUCCAUUCCCGCUACCGUCCUGGCCAGCUACCAUCAGAGAGAACCAGAGCUCCAAGUCUUUAAUUUGCCAAGAUGAAGAAAAUGAGUUCCCAAGGAGGGAAUGCUUUGCCUGAGGCCACACAGCAGGUUGGUGGCAAGGAUCUUGUCUAGCCAGGGCAGCCCUCAUCAGCUUGUGACAACCUUCCCCAGGACAGAAGUCAUACAAGGCCUCUGGGGUUAAUACAAAUAGGUUGUGCCCUGCUUUAAGGAACCUGCUAUCAGGAAAUCUACAUGUGUGCACAGAGAGAGAAAAGUAGAACAGUUCUUUGCAUUUGGCUCUACUUACUAACAACCCCUCUAGAAUACAUUGGUGAUUUCAUUUAAAGAGAUUGUAUGCACUUGUGGCUUUCCUGAUUUCUGAGUCUGUGUUUGGAGGUGUUACUGAGAUGUGCCAGUGUGCAGAAUCCUUGCUGGGGUUUCUACAGUCCCCAACGUGAACAGUAUUAAGCAAGAGGUGGACUCGAGCAAUCCAGGAGCCCAGACUGAGCAAAUAAGUACUUUCCAGCCUGUGUUUCAGGAGAGGACUGCUGGAUCAUGCUUGCCCUCCAUAGGGAAUACAGCAUCCUUACAGCUUGCAUGCAAUCAACCUCUUUUGUAAAUGGAAAAUAAAGUCUGUUACCCAAAGGCCAUGCGGAUCCCCUGCUCCCUGCUUUCAUUUAUGUUUGCUGACCUGUGGAGACCAGUCUUUCUGACACACAGUGAAGCUCAACUUGCCUCCUGGCUGCUUCAGCAGGUGGAUCCAUUCUUCGACCCCCAGAUCUGACUCUAAAGAAGGCUGAAAAUUUUUGUCCAAAUUGCUAUGCAGAUAUCUUGAACAGCAGAACAUUUGCAGGCCUUGUCUACUGGACUUUUCUCCCAGACAGGACAAGCCCAGGCAGGGCUGCAUGGAGAGGAAUGGAACCUGGAGCUAGAAUUAAUUGCCCACUCUCCCACCCUACCAGUGCAGCCCGGCAAGGGCAGGAAUUGGGAGGCCUAGGGUGGGCAUGAAAGCUUGGGAAGCACUGUCGUCUCUCAGACAGGCGUCCUAAGACCUCUAGGCUGGAAGCUCAGGCUUGCAAAUGGAUCCGGGACCGAGGGUGGUCUCUUGGACAACCCCAGGAACUUGGACCAAGGGAGAGCCAAUCUUGCAAACUGGCCAUGGAUGGGGAAGUGCCCAGUAGCCAGCAUGAGCCACACUAGGAAAGAGGAGGAGGGUGCAGCCAAACUUAAGGCACCGGCAAGUGUUGUCAGCACUGGAGGAGACCCCGCCAGUGGGGUGAGGCCAGCCAAGUCCCUGUGUUACGAAUGGUGGGCCAAGGGGCUGUCUGCUCGGUCCCAGUAGGACAGGCAGAGCUCCAGGCUAGUACCAUGGUAGGCCUCCAGGGAAAGAGCUGGGAGACAAGAAUGGCACACUGGGCAGGCUUGCCCAUUCCUGGCCCUGAGAAUGGAGCUGUAGCCUCAUGGACAAUAAAUGGAUGUGACACCAAAUACUCUGCAGAGUCAUUUUCCUCCUGCGGCUGAGCUCAGAUCUUCCAAUCACAUGAAAUAACAAAGUCCUUUACAGUUUGACAGCCCUAGGUCUGAAUUCUGGUUCUGCCAUUAAUUGUGACUUUGGGCAAGAGGUCAAGUCUCUCUGGGCCUCACUUUCCUCAUUAACACAGGGUGCAAAGUAUGGUUGCAGAGAGGAUGAAAAGAGCUAAUAUAUGUAAAGUGCCUAGCACCGGCUUUGUAUCUACUUACACAAGCUCAGUAGACACUUGCCGUGACUGUGGCCCACAUACUAGAACACCAUGUCCUGAAAGAGAGGACCCCCUCCAUGCAUCCUCACCCCCCAGGAUGUUUCCACCCACCUGUAGGUCCAGAAGCUUUUACUUCAUGCUAGAAAAAGAGAAGAGAGUGGAUCCAGAGGGGAGUGGAGGACAGGGCAGAUGCCACAGCAUCUGUGGCCGGUGCAGCCAGCAGCCUGCGUUUGGGCGUUGACAUUCCAGGGGAGUUAGGAACAAUGAGAGGUCCCUAAGAACUUGUGGAACUCUGUCCUCAAGCAGCUGUCCCUCAGAAUCCUGCUGGAAAAGUGUGAUCAGAGCUGGGAAGGAGCCACCAUGCUCUGCUUCUCUAAGGAUUUCGGUGAUUCUAUUUUUAGGGACUGAAGGCGUUGAGGGAAUCCAAGGCCAGUCCACCUGCCAGGGGUGUUGGCAUCUGUCGACAGGCAGUGGCACAUCCUGACAGUCUUCAAGGGCCUUGGCCACCAAGGGAUGGAGAGGGAGAAUGGAGAAGAUGCCACAUGAGGAAUGAGGCAGGAGACUGGCAUGUGCCACAUGGAGGACCCCUUAGGAAACUCACAAACAACCUAGGGAGGGGUUCUCUGAAGGGCCUAGUUUCCAGAAUGAGGCGGUCAUGGCUUAAGCGACCAUCAUUUGAUCAAUAAAGCAGAGUAGCAACAGGCUGAUGUUGGGGACAUCGGUUUGAUGUUAUAAAAUCGUG